AUGUAUAACAUCAUCUACAUAGACGAGAAAUGGUUUUAUCGGACAAAGCAGACACAGAAAUGCUAUUUGGCGCUUGACGAGGAGGACCUGGAAAGAACUACACAAAGUAAGAACUUCAUAGAGAAGGUUAUGUUUCUGGCCGCAGUUGCGAGGCCUAGGUUUGAUAUGGAUGGUAACAUGACCUUUGAUGGAAAAAUAGGCAUAUUUCCUUUCACUUUUGUGGAGCCGGCUCAGAGGUCGAGUGCGAACAGGGCUCGUGGUACAUUGGUAACCAAGGUGUUGCCGUCAGUCACCAAAGAUGUUAGUCGUGAUUACAUCGUGAACAAGUUGUUGCCGGCGAUCAAGGAGAAGUGGCCCGUGGAGGAACAUGGUACCCCCAUAUUCAUACAACAGGAUAAUGCAAAGACGCACAUUGCAGUCGAUGAUCCAACGUUUGUUCAUGCGGCCUCAUCUGAUGGGUUUGACAUUCGGUUAAUGUUACAGCCCCCGAACUCUCCCGACCUAAAUAUACUAGACCUUGGUUUUUUUGCGGCACUACAAGCUUUGUUCCAAAAGUCAUGUCCAAAUGGUAUAGAGGACAUCGUCGCGAAGGAUUUGUGGAGGACUGGAAUUCCUAUGGAAAUUUUUCUGGCGUUUAUCAAUGGUCAACCAUGUUUAUCAAUGUAUAACCGUGAAUAG